AUGAACCCAUCCAUCUUUGAGAUUCAGCCAGUGAACCGCUUCCUUGGUUCAAACACCACAAUCCGCCGACCCAAAGAAAUUACAUGCUUCUCUUAUGAUGAUAAGCGUCGAUUCUCGCUGGGAGAGUCAUCGCUGGCAUACUACUAUCCGCCUAGUUUGCCAGCGGAUCUGAAUGAAGGAUUCGAAACUUUCCAGAAACUCAAUGAUUCCGCUGAUGAGCAUCUGGAUGCUCUGUUAGAUACAGUCACUGCGCUUGAACGGGAUACACAAAAGAAAUGCGAUGCUGAUAUCGUUACGUGGCGUGGAAUGAUGACCAAGAUUUUGGCAGCGCCUUAUGAUAUGAUGAAUGGCUUUGAGAUGAAUGCGACCUGCUUCCAGGGUACAAUAUUCAUCGAAGAGGACAAUAGCUACAAGAACAGACAGAAGGAAACCCAGCGAAAUCAACGAAUGCCACCAGGCAUGGCAUCACAAGAAGAAAUGAUGUACUGGGGCUAUAAAUUCGAAGUUUUAUCAGUUCUUCGACAACCCUGGGACCCGACAACUCGUGAAGAAAUAGAAUCUCGACCUUCGCAGGUUGUGAACAAUAGUGCACAGUAUUGCUCCGUUGUCAAAACCGGGAUUGGAAAUACCCGCAUGAUUCUUGGCGGCGAGGUCGAUGCAGUAUGGGACUGUAAACCAGAGAGAAAGGAAGAUCCUAUCCACUGGGUAGAACUGAAGACAUCUGCUGAAAUUCGCAAUGAGCGCGAUAUGUUGAAAUACGAGCGAAAGUUACUGAAGUUCUGGGCACAAUCCUUUUUGCUCGGCGUGCCGACUAUAAUCGUCGGUUUUCGGACUCAACAGGGCAUUGUUCAUCGCCUAGAAGAGCUCGAUACUGCAAGUAUUCCAGGUAAAGUCAAGAAAUUGGGGAAAGGCUCAUGGGAUGGAAAUAUUUGCAUCAACUUUGCAGCCGCGUUUCUCGAAUGGCUCAAACAGACUGUUCACGAGGAUGGGAUUUGGAGAAUUCGAAAACGGGACAAGUCUACAGUCAUUGAGGUAUUCAAGGUUGAGGACUCAGGACAUGGUGGUAUACUCUCGCCGGCUUUUAAGGAAUGGCGAUCAACUGCUCAACACCUCUAG